CCAAGUUCCCGCUCUGUCCGCUGUGAGCUGCCUACCUUAGGUUAGGUAGGUAUUACGCAGUGGUCAAACCCCAAUAAAGCAUUGGUGUAUUAGAGCCUGUUUAGCGCAGAGGGUGAUAAGAUUACGCCACCACAGCCCUACAAACUUGCGUGCGCAUUCGCGUUAACAGCGACAAAGUUGAAACCUUCCAUUUCUUCUUCCUCCUCCUCCUAUCUGUCUUCAUUCAUUCAUUCAAUAUUUUCGCAAUACUCUUACCGGUCCAUGACGACAACUAAACCGGUCGUAUUGUAACAUUUAGUUAGCAGACUACAUUUAUCUGCGUCAAUAAACCAUUGUCAAUCGACGAGGAGAUUGCUUCUCCAUCUGAUUAGUGAAUUCCUUUACCAUUUUCAUAAAGGGGUUUUCGUGCAUUGCCUUGAGCGAAGGCGUUUUGUUUCGUCUGCUUCUUGUCUUUUUUGGGCCUUGAUUACUUGAAAUUAUCUACCUUACAACUACCUAAGUACCUAGACCUAUCUUGACAAUAUCUCAUAACUCGACACCUCGACACUCGACGCCCGAUUACACCUCUACUCGACCAUAUCGAUAAACCACCUACUUGCCUUUACCUCCGCGGGGCGCUUCAACCAAAGUCUACUCCAACCCACAUCAUGAAGUUCGCUCCUCUCGUUACUCUAGUCGCCGGUGGCCUUGCUGGAUUAGGCACCGCGGCCCUACAAGGCCGAGAUUUCAACUCUAACGACUAUUACGUCCUCCACCUCGAACGCGAUGCUCAACCCGACCUGAUCGCGUCUCGCCUUGGUCUCAGACAUGAGGGCCCUUUAGGCCAACUUCCAGGUCAUCACAUAUUUUCUACCGUUAAAACUACCGAAGAUAUCGUGCGACGCGCUGUGCAAGAACAUCGGCGGAAGCGGUCGCUAGGUAAUGCGGAUGUUCUAGAUGGCGUAAAAUCCUCACAUAAGCAGAAGCUACGGGCUCCCAUGCAAAAGCGAGUCAUCCCACCUCCGCCUGCUGGUCUUUAUCCUGGAAAACGAGAAGAUAAGCCGGAUCCGAAAGCAGUGGAAAGGCAGAAGUUCGUAAUGGGGAAACUCGGGAUUUCUGAUCCGAUAUUCCACGAGCAGUGGCACCUUUUCAACCCUGUUCAGCUAGGACACGACGUGAAUGUCACUGAUGUCUGGCUAUCCGGCGUCACAGGCAAGAAUGCAACCGUAGCUAUUGUCGACGACGGGUUGGAUAUGUACAGCAAUGAUUUAAAGCCGAACUACUACGCUGCUGGUAGUUACGAUUUUAACGACCAAAGACCAGAGCCUCGUCCAACCCUUUCCGACGAUAGACACGGUACCCGGUGCGCCGGCGAAGUAGGAGCUGCGAAGAACGACGUCUGUGGCGUCGGCGUCGCAUACGAUUCCAAGAUUGCCGGGAUUCGCAUUCUGAGUAAGCUGAUCACAGAUGCGGACGAAGCUGAAGCGAUGAAUUACGAUUUCGAUCAUAACGAUAUUUACUCCUGCUCCUGGGGUCCGCCGGAUGAUGGACAGUCGAUGGAUGCCCCCGGUAUUCUUAUCAAGAGAGCCAUGUUGAAUGGUGUUCAGAAAGGACGUGCCAACAAGGGAUCUAUAUACGUUUUCGCUAGCGGCAACGGCGCCCAAAGCGAAGAUAACUGCAACUUUGACGGUUAUACGAAUAGCAUUUACAGUAUCACUGUUGGUGCCAUUGAUAGGCAGGGAUUGCAUCCUUAUUACUCGGAGAAAUGCUCAGCUCAACUCGUCGUUACCUACAGCAGCGGCAGCGGCGAUGCCAUACAUACGACCGACGUCGGAGAGAACCAAUGUUAUAACGGGCAUGGAGGUACCUCUGCUGCUGCACCUCUAGCUGCUGGCAUCUUUGCUUUGGCUCUGGAAGUACGACCCGACUUAUCCUGGAGAGACAUGCAAUAUAUCGCAAUGCAGAGCGCGGUGCCUGUCGACCUGGACACGGGAGAUUGGCAACCUACCACGAUCGGCAAGAAUUUCAGUCACACGUUCGGUUACGGCAAGGUUGACAGCUACGCCCUUGUGGAGACGGCAAAGACUUGGAAGAACGUCAAACCCCAGGCCUGGUUUUACUCCCCAUGGCUGCAUGUCAAUAAGGAUAUUCCUCAGGGAGACAAGGGACUAUCGGUUACCUUCGAAGUUACAAAAGAGAUGCUGGCGGAAGCGAACUUAGAGCGCCUCGAACAUGUUACCGUGACGAUGAAUGUCGAGCACACCCGCCGAGGCGACUUGAGUGUCGAUCUCAUCAGCCCAGAUAAUGUCGUAAGCCACAUUUCUGCUACACGUAAACAUGAUGUUAGCAAGGAAGGCUAUAAAGACUGGACUUUCAUGAGUGUUGUUCACUGGGGCGAGUCUGGAGUCGGCAAGUGGACACUCAUUGUACGCGAUAGCAUCGUAAAUAACUACUCUGGCAAGUUCAUCGAUUGGCACCUGAAAUUGUGGGGUGAGAGUAUCGAUGCGUCUAAGGCCACGUUAUUGCCUAUGCCAAACGACGACGACGACGCAAACCACGAUGUGACAAGCACUGCUACACCCCCUGUCGCAACAACGAACCUCCCGCCAAACCCAGAUGCUACCAAGACCGCAGCGACAACUGCCGUUCCAUCGGACCACCCUGAGCGCCCAAUCAAGCCAAGCAAGACAGCAGGCGAGAGCGUUGCUGCAGAGACGGGCACCGAGUCUGCCGCGGCGGAAACAACAACUGCUGAAAGUUCCUGGCUACCCUCAUUCCUUCCUACCUUUGGUGUUUCUUCUAGCACUCAAGCCUGGAUCUACGGCUCUCUUGGACUCAUCGUCGCCUUCUGCUGUGGACUCGGCGCCUGGUUCUGGUUCAUGCGCCGUAAGCAGCGCCUCAAUAACCCCCGGGAUGACUACGAGUUCGAGCCGCUCACUGCUAAUGACGGCGAUGACAUGGGUGCUGCGGGCGAGAAGGGCAACCAGAAACGGCGCGCUGGUGAACUGUACGACGCCUUUGCGGGUGGCAGCGAGGACGAGGACGAGAAUGAUAUGGGGAGGGAUCAUUUCGACAUAGCUAGCCGCGAUGAUAGCGACGACGAGGACGAAGGAAGGGCUGCCCAAAACGAAAAGCAAAGCUCGAGGCUCUUAAGGGACGGAAGAUAAAAAAAAAAGUCUCAAGCGGGACGAUGAGUUCUUGUGUUCUUUUAAAAAAAAACGUCUUCACGAAGAAUUAUUAGACGUCUUUUCGGACCUUCAGAACUAGAAUUAUUAUAGCACGAUAUUACUGCUACUGCUACCGCCGCCGCCCCUAUAUAUACCUCUUAGGUACCUGGUAUAUCUAUACAGUACCUACCUAACCUUAUAUAUAUACU